AUGGCGCUGUCCGCGUCGGCGGCGUCGGCCGGCCGGGGGUCGCGGGCGGAGAAGGUGAGGAGGAUCUUCGAGCGCUUCGACACCAACGGGGACGGCGGGCUGGACCGCAAUGAGAUGGCCGCCCUCGUCGUCUCCGUCAACCCGCGGGUCAAGUUCAGCGAGGACCAGAUCUCCGCCAUCCUCGAUGAGGUGUUCCGCACCUACGCCGAGUUCAUCCUCCCCGACGGCAGGGGCCUCUCCCUGCCGGGGCUGCUCCGCACCUACGACGACGGCGCCGGGGACGUCGACCGCGACUUUCUCGCGCUGUCCCUGCCCGCCGUCGACUCCGACGCCUCCUCCCCGGAGAUCGCCGCGGGGGACGCCGCUGCGCACUCCUCCCCGCCCUCCGGCGCCGCCGCCGCCGCCGCCGCGUCGCUGCUCGACGACCACGCCAAGCCGCUCGGCGCCGGCGGCGCUCGGCCGUCGGUCAGCUCCCGCGCCGCGGCCGCCGCGCCGUCGUGGGCGACCUCGCCCAACCACGGCAUCGCCUUCGACUCCUCCUGGGGGCUCCUCGACGACCUGGAGAUACUCGUCAAGCGCCUCCGCUCAAAGCAGCUGCGGAAGGGCUCCAUCGACGGAAGCGGCGGCGCUGGCAACAGCAACUUCGACUCCUUCUCCGAGGCCGGGUGGUCCAGGGAGAUCUCCGGCGCGGCGGAUUCGGCAUCCACCGCCGCUCCGUGGGACGAGACGAGCCGCGACUACCUCACCUUCGUCAAGGAACUCGCCGCGCUCCGCACGCGCGCCGACGCCUCCCGCUCGCGCGAGGAGGCCUUCGACAACCACAUGGUCAUCGGCCGGGCGCUUUCUGAGCACCGCCUCUUCCGAGACGCCCUAGCCAGCUUCCGCCGCGCCUGUGAGCUGCAGCCCACUGACGUCCGUCCCCACUUCCGCGCGGGGAACUGCCUGUACGCCCUCGGUCGCCAUGCAGAGGCCAAGGAGGCGUACCUCCUUGCCCUUGAGGCCGCCGAGGCUGGCAGCUCACAGUCCGCGGACAUCCUCCCGCAGAUCCAUGUCAACCUUGGUAUUGCCAUGGAGGCCGAGGGGAUGGUGCUUGGUGCCUGUGAGCAUUACCGAGAAGCCGCCAUAUUGUGUCCAUCUCAUGCCAGGGCACUCAAGCUCCUGGGGAGCGCUGUCUUUGGCGUUGGGGAGUACCGAGCUGCUGAGAAGGCACUGGAGGAGGCCAUCUUCUUGAAGGAAGACUAUGCUGAUGCGCACUGUGACCUUGGGUCGGCCCUGCACGCAGUAGGGGAGGAUGACCGUGCGAUCCAAGAGUUUCAAACAGCAAUUGAUCUCAAACCUGGCCAUGUUGAUGCCUUAUACAAUCUUGGUGGAUUGAACAUGGAUGCAGGACGCUUCGUACGGGCUGCAGAGAUGUAUACUCGUGUGCUGAGCAUCCGACCAAACCAUUGGCGUGCACAGCUAAACAAGGCAGUGGCUUUGCUUGGGCAGGGUGAAUCUGAGGAGGCCAAGAAGGCACUCAAGGAGGCGUUUAAGAUGACACAGAGGGUGGAAGUGUACGAUGCUAUCUCACAUUUGAAGACAUUGCAAAAGAAGAAGCCAAAGCCUUCUAAAGGAAAAGUUGAUGGUCAAGGGGAGCAGGCUUAUGUUGUUGUGGAGGCAUCCAAGUUCAAGAGGGUUGGCAGGAAGACUACCUUGCGGCAGGAUUUGGCCAAUGCUCUAGAUAUAAGGGCCUUCGAGAGGAUGACGAAGCUAGGCCACUGCGAUGUGGAGCUUCUUAGAAAAGAGAUGAAUGAGACUGAUGUCCCUGUAUCUUACUCAGGCACCGGCAUCCCUGAGAAGUCAAUACGCAAAGCAGCUCUUGAGGUUAUUCUCCGCAGGCUCCUCUCUUUUCUCAAGCCAGAUACCUUUCAGGGUGCUAUCAAGGCAAUCAACGAAAGAAUUCUCUCUGUCCUUGAUGCUCCUGGCUCUGGUCGUGUUGAUCUGGGUAUGUUCUUUGCCAUCAUUGCUCCAAUCUGUUCUGGCCCUGUGGAUAGGCGCAAGCGUAUUGUCUUUGAUGCACUUCUUUGGCGUCCUGCUAGCGAAGGCAGCAAUGGUCAGAUAAGGAGGAGUGAUGCGUUAACCUACAUUAAGCUUCUUCGGGCUGUUUAUAUACCCACCCAUGGGGCUAGUGACAUGCUCGAAAUGCAUGGGGAGUCUGACCCUACCAUGGUAUCAUACACGGAAUUCUUGGAGAUGUUCAAUGACCCAGAUUGGGGAUUUGGGAUCCUGAGCACUCUGGUGAAGCUUGAAGAGAGUGAUCACAUACGUCAUGGUCGCCACACAUGCUCCAUCUGCCGGUACCCUAUCAUUGGAUCACGGUUUAAGGAAACAAAACACUCAUUCAGCCUGUGCAACCGGUGCUACAGUGAAGGGAAGGUUCCGUCAGCAUUCGAGUUGGAGGAGUACAGGUUCAAAGAAUACGGCAACGAGUCCGAGGCCCUUAUCGAUAAGUGCAUGUGCUUCAAUUUACAUUCUAAGAAGCUGGAAACUGAUGCUUGA